AGCGAGAGCUGCUGUCAACGGCUGCUGGUGCUCGCCUUCUUCCUAGGCUGUGCUGGCGCCGUUGUGGGGUGGCUCGUGGGGCUUCUCGUGUUGGUGGCGGUGGGUGAGCCGUUUGUGGGCUUCCUGUUAGUUCUGCCCGGCAUGGCUCUGGGCACGUUGACGGGGCUGGCUGUCGCCAAAACCAAGAUCCAACUCGAAACAAGACGUCGUGACGCCAGGAACAGAGAAGCCAGACGUCACACAGAGGUGGAGAUGGCCGUCAGCAGCGGAAUAGGAGAACAGGAAGCACCCCUGGAGCCACUAGAAGGUGUCCUUGGCGUGGAGGACAUCGCGGAGACGAAUUAUCGACGGAGGGAACUGGAUAGGGCGAAGGACGAAAUAAAGGUCAAGCAGGGGGCAUCGGGGUCCAGAUCACUGUUGGGUAUGGGCUGGAACGCGACAUGGUUCACGUUGCAGACAUCCAAGGGCAUUGCAGUGGGCUUGUAUGAAGGAGGAGACUACGUGCGAAGUAUCUUGUAUCCGCCCAAAGACAAGCAGAAGAAGAAAAAGUAGCGUGUGAAAAAAAAAACGUGGUGUGUGUGGUGUGUGUGCAAAUAUGAAAGGAUGUACAGAGGGUCU